CACAGAUUUGUUGAUUCAAUCUUGUAAUUAGGGACUGAGCUUAGCCUUUAUCGUUUCCUUUCUUUAUUGUGUAAGUACUACUCUACACUCCUCUGUAUGUCUUCUUGCUUCACAUGUUUCCUUUUUUUCGCUUUUGUUCAAGCUUAGUCACAGAAGCGAUUUCGGAUUUGAGAUGGCCACAGAGCAGAGCGGAUUAGAAGAUCAGGAGAGCCAACCAAACCAAGUGGCUCCUGGUUUUGUAGGAGCAAUCGAAGAACAAUACAAGAAACUCAAAGAUCACGCCGAAGCUUAUCCAUAUGUUUGGGGUUCUUAUACUGUUGUCUACGGUGGUCUUUUCCUUUGGACAGCUUAUAGAUGGAGGAAACUUAGGAGAACCGAGGAUCGAGUUCGUGGUCUUCAGACAAAACUUCGGAAACUCGUUGAAGAUGAACAAGCAGCAGUAACAGCUUCUAAAUCUGCUCAAUCAAUGGACAAGUCUUCUUCAAUAUCUGACAAGAAAACGUCUUAAUUAGUGAUUUACAUUCAAAACCAUUGUCUUUGUUAGACUUUUGACAAGGUUAGUUUCCUCCAACCGAAUCAAUAUUCCCGGGGUUUAUCUGUUUUGUCACACUACUUGUGUUCUUUAUCCGCAUAAAAUUCAUGUACAUGA